UAAUAUUAUACGUACGUACAAUAUAUUUAACUUUCGUUGAGUACUUGCAUACUAUCUACUAAAGUUUUAAUAAUAUUUUUUUUAUAAAACAAAAUGUCAAAAACGACAUCGUUGGACAUCGAUGGAAUGAGCGCUGAGGAGAAAAUCGAACAAAUUAAAAUGAUGCGAGAUUUGAUUCGCCUGAAAGAGAAGUCUGGAGAUGGAUGUAGUUCUGCGUUUCAAAAGAUCGGGAAAAAAAAAAAUCUUAUCAGUGAUACUGUUAUGUCAGCUGUAUUUGUUACUAGUUUCGUUUUAAUUGUAGCAAUGGCAUUAUAUUCUUUCCGAACUUUAUACCUCGCCAUACAGAAAAAAUUUCCUUCUCAACACACAGAAUUGUAAUAACGGACACAAAAUAAUUAAAAAUGUAUUAUUUAAUUUAGAUAUUUACUUUAACAUAAUAUGUAGAUAGUUUUAAAUUUUAAUAUAGUUAAAUCAAUACAGAUUAUCAUACAGAAAAAAAAAUACAAUAGGUAAUUGAAAAAAUAUUUGAUGAUAUUAUAUAUAUAAUAUUAAAUGUUCCCGAGACUUUUUGUUUUAAAUUAAAUUAACACUUAUUUAUUUCCAGAUUCUAUUAAUUUUUUUAAAAUUGUCAUAUUUUCUGAAGCCACAGCUUGUCGAUAAGAAGUUAUCGUAUCUGUUCUGUUAUUGUUUACUAAAAUAUCAAAACAAAAUAAAAUUGUAUUUAUAACUUUUAA